AUGGAGCCGGACGACGUUGCUGAAUACAGCCGGCGGGACUACUGGGAACGGCGCUACAACGCAGAGGAGGAGUACAAUUGGUUCCCGUCCGUCCACAACGCCACCGUCGCGGCGAUCUGCGACGAAUUGAUGGCGGCUUUUCAGCGGCGGGGUGGAGAGGGGCGACAGGUGUUGCGAGUGCUGCACUUGGGAACAGGGAACUCGUCACUGUGCAUGGACUUGUACACCGCUGUGUGUGCGCGUGGGCUGCCGUUCACUCUAGAGCAGGUGGCAAUGGAUUACGCACCCAACGUCAUUGAGAAGAUGCGAGCAAAGUACACACCUGAGGUGUUGCCAAAUGUACAGUGGGUGGUGGGUGACGUUCGCCGUCUUGAGGAGUUUCAUGCGUUUGGUCCUUUUGAUGCUGUUAUUGACAAGGGCACAAUGGAUGCCCUUGAGGCAGAUAAAAAAAGCGAAACAUUAGAGGAUGAUGUGGAAGCUAUGUUGCGUGGUGUAGAUGCUCUUUUAGCACAUGCGAAAGGGUAUGGAGUAUUUAUGCAGAUUACAUGGGUUGUGCCAUACAUGCGACUGUAUUACACGAAAGGCGAUAGAUUCAUCUGGGGAGAUCAGGUGCGCUACACACCGCUUGCUGAUAGUGAUAUGUAUCGACUCUUUGUGUACACCGUGAGAGAGUAG